AUGGGUAUUACACGUGAACCUUUGCACAAGCACAGAAAUACCGGUGCCGCAAGAAAGCCAAACUAUAAGAAGCGUAAGUACUUCUUAGGUCGUCAACCAGCCUUGACUGCCAUCGGUAAGUCACGUGUUCGUUUGGUUCGUGUCAUGGGAGGUCACUUCAAGUUCAGAGCUCUCCGUCUCGAAACUGGUAACUUCUCCUGGGCUUCUGAAAAGGUCACCAGAAAGUGCCGUAUCGCCAACGUAGUCUACAACGCUACUUCUAACGAUUUGUUGCGUACCAACACCCUCGUCAGAGGUGCUAUCAUUGCUGUUGAUUGCACUCCAUUCAAGCAAUGGUACGAACAACACUACGGAAUCACCUUGGGCAAGAAGAAGAACGCCAAGGAUGUCAAGGAAGUCGCCAAGACUGCUGAACCAGCCAAGAAGUCUGCCUCCCACUUGCGUAAGAUCGCCAAGAGAUUAAAGACCAGAACCCUCGAAGCUACUUUGGAAUCCCAAGCUUCUGAAGGUCGUUUCUACGCCCGUAUCACCUCACGUCCAGGUCAAGUCGGAAAGUGUGAUGGUUACAUUCUUGAAGGAAAGGAAUUAGAUUUCUACGCCAAGAAGAUCCAAAAGAAGAAGAAAUUAGAAACAAUUGCCGUCGUAUUCGUAUAUAUUGAUUAA